AUGUCUUUGCUACGUCGGAGAAAGGCAGUGGAAAAAGAUACCAAUAUUCAGAAGGAUGGAGAUGACGAUAAGAAGGAGAAGGUUAGCGGACAAGUAAAGGAAGUUAAGGCAAAGAAAAGGUGGUCGUGUGUUGAUAAUUGUUGCUGGUUUGUUGGGUGCGUCUGUACGACAUGGUGGCUAUUGUUGUUCCUUUACAAUGCGAUGCCGGCAUCUUUACCUCAGUAUGUGACGGAGGCAAUCACAGGGCCAUUGCCCGAUCCGCCGGGUGUCAAAUUGAAGAAAGAGGGGUUGAAGGUGAAUCAUCCAGUGGUGUUUGUGCCGGGAAUCGUCACUGGUGGGCUUGAACUUUGGGAAGGCCAUGAAUGCGCGGAGGGUUUGUUCAGGAAGCGUCUCUGGGGCGGCACAUUCGGUGAAGUUUAUAAAAGACCUUCGUGCUGGGUAGAGCAUAUGUCAUUGGAUAAUGAAACUGGAUUAGAUCCUCCAGGAGUUAGGGUCAGGCCUGUCAGUGGGCUUGUUGCUGCCGACUAUUUUGCUCCUGGUUAUUUUGUGUGGGCAGUCCUGAUUGCUAACUUGGCUCGUAUUGGUUACGAGGAAAAAACUAUGUAUAUGGCUGCAUAUGACUGGAGAAUUUCAUAUCAGAACACAGAGGUUAGAGAUCAAACCCUCAGCAGAAUAAAAAGUAACAUAGAGCUGAUGGUUGCCACAAAUGGCGGGAAGAAGGCAGUGAUAAUUCCGCAUUCGAUGGGCGUUUUAUACUUCCUGCACUUUAUGAAGUGGGUUGAAGCACCGGCACCAAUGGGUGGAGGGGGAGGACCAGACUGGUGCGCUAAGCAUAUAAAAGCAGUUAUAAAUAUUGGUGGACCAUUUCUAGGUGUUCCCAAAGCUGUUGCUGGGCUUUUCUCUGCUGAAGCUAAGGAUAUUGCAGUUGCCAGGGCUAUUGCACCAGUCUUCUUGGACAACGAUCUAUUUCGCAUUCAAACAUUGCAGCAUGUAAUGAAGAUGACUCGUACCUGGGAUUCGACCAUGUCAAUGAUACCAAAAGGAGGGGAUGUUAUAUGGGGUGCCCUUGAUUGGUCACCUGAAGAUGGCCAUGUUCCCAGCAGAAGAAGGCUAAAAAACAAUGAUACACGUAAUGGAGGUUAUGACGGUGAUGGAGAUACUGUUCCUUCUUCAAAGAAAGUUCACUAUGGAAGAAUUAUAUCUUUUGGGAAAGACAUAGCUGAAGCAGAUUCAUCUGAGAUUGAGAGGAUUGAGUUUUUGGAUGCUAUCAAGGGUCACAAUAUUGCAAAUGCUACGUGCAAAGACGUUUGGACUGAAUACCAUGACAUGGGAAUUGAGGGUAUCAGAGCUAUCUCAGAUUACAAAGUUUAUACUGCUGGAUCGAUCAUAGAUUUACUUCAUUAUGUUGCCCCACAUACAAUGGAACGUGGGAGUGCCCAUUUCUCUUAUGGGAUUGCUGACAACUUGGAUGAUCCGAAAUACAACCAAUACAAGUAUUGGUCAAACCCCUUGGAGACAAGAUUGCCAAAUGCUCCGGACAUGGAGAUCUUUUCUUUGUAUGGAGUUGGAAUUCCGACCGAAAGAGCUUAUGUUUACAAGCUAUCUCCUGCAGCUGAAUGUUACAUUCCAUUUCAGAUUGAUACUGCAGCUAAUGAUGGUGAUGAAGAUGGCUGUCUGAAGGACGGAGUCUACACGGUCGAUGGAGACGAAACUGUACCUGUUCUAAGUGCUGGCUACAUGUGUGCAAAAGGCUGGCGUGGGAAAACCAGAUUUAAUCCUUCAGGAAUCCGAACUUACGUUAGAGAAUACAAUCACUCUCCCCCAUCAAACUUGCUAGAAGGACGAGGAACACAGAGCGGUGCUCACGUCGAUAUAAUGGGGAACUUUGCAUUGAUCGAAGAUAUAAUUCGAAUAGCAGCGGGUGCACAAGGGGAAGAUUUGGGAGGCGAUCGAGUCUAUUCUGAUAUCUUUAAAUGGUCAGAAAAGAUCAAAUUGCCUCUGUGAUGAGAUCGAUGUUAGUUGGUAGUUGUUGAUUAUGAUCCAUGUUGUUCAGAUAUGAUUAGCAAAAUUCAUCGAAACUGAAUCCAUUUCAACUAUGGUAAUUUUAGGAGUAUGGGAAAACCACAUUUUAAUUUGGUUGUCCAAAGAUCAUUUUCAGAAAUCUCUUGUAAUUUUCAAUUAGAACUGGUUGAACUGGUUGGAACUGGUUGAACAAUUUUCACCAUUGUUUUUGCUUUACAUAAUCAUUAGGGUACACAUUAGAAUGAUCAUCUCUUGAUGUAUAAAUACAAAUUCAUCCUCC